AUGAUGUACUUCUUCCUUGCCAUUGUGGCAUCUUUGGCGGUCUUUGCGGCCCCAAGCGCAGCAAUCACCGACAUCCAGAUCCUCAACUUCGCCCUCAAUCUUGAGUGCCUCGAGGCCGAGUUCUACAGUUAUGCUGCGUUCGGGAAGGGACUGAACGCCACGCUGCUUGGCGGCGGCCCUGGCUCUACUGGCGGACAGAAAGCCAAGCUGAGCUAUGCAGUCCAGCAGUACGCUCUUGAAAUUGCCGAAGACGAGCUCAACCAUGUGGCUUUCCUUCGCUCAGCCCUGGGUGACAAGGCAGUCCCCUGCCCCCAGAUCGACAUCGGCACAGCCUUCAGUGCCAUCAUCGACGCUGCUCUGGGCUCCAAGGCCACCAGCUACAAGUUCUCCCCCUACGACAACGACCUGGACUUCCUCCUUGGCUCCUUCCUGUUUGAGGAUGUUGGUGUGACCGCCUACCUUGGAGCAGCCCCCGCCAUCACGGACAAGACUGUGCUCGGAGCAGCCGGCGGCAUUUUGGCAGUUGAGGCAUACCACGCAGGCAUAAUCAGAACCCUGUUGUACCAGGAUGGCGCCUACCCUGUCGUCCCCUACAAGAUCCAGACCGUUGACUUUGUCCAGGCUCUGUCCAACCUGCGCGCGGCAGUCGGCGGCGGCAAGGACCAGGGAAUCACGUCCCCUGCGGCCGACGGCUCGCUCUACGUCCCAUACCUGACCUCAAAGUACGAGUCAAACCUGGUGCCCACCAACGCCGCCAGCCUGGCGUUCGCUCGCACCAUUCCCGAGGUGCUCGCCAUCGUCUACGGGGGCUCUGCUUCCACCCCUGGCGCAUUUUUCCCCGAGGGCAUCAACCCCGGCGUCUAG